AUGUCACUUCUGCCUCAGCGUCACAGGAAAGGAAAACUGUGGCACGAUUUGCAUCAUCUGCAGAAGAAGAAACUUCAGACAAACAGGAGUCUGCAGAAGAAGAAACUGCAGACAGACAGGAGUCUGCAGAAGAAGAAACUGCAGACAAACAGGAGUCUGCAGAAGAAGAAACUGCAGACGAACAGGAGUCUGCAGAAGAAGAAACUGCAGACAAACAGGAGUCUGCAGAAGAAGAAACUGCAGACAGACAGAGGAGUCUGCAGAAGAAGAAACUGCAGACAGACAGGAGUCUGCAGAAGAAGAAACUGCAGACAAACAGGAGUCUGCAGAAGAAGAAACUGCAGACAGACAGGAGUCUGCAGAAGAAGAAACUGCAGACAGACAGAGGAGUCUGCAGAAGAAGAAACUGCAGACAGACAGGAGUCUGCAGAAGAAGAAACUGCAGACAGACUGAGGAGUCUGCAGAAGAAGAAACUGCAGACAGACAGGAGUCUGCAGAAGAAGAAACUGCAGACGAACAGAGGAGUCUGCAGAAGAAGAAACUGCAGACAGACUGAGGAGUCUGCAGAAGAAGAAACUGCAGACAAACAGGAGUCUGCAGAAGAAGAAACUGCAGACAGACAGGAGUCUGCAGAAGAAGAAACUGCAGACAGACAGGAGUCUGCAGAAGAAGAAACUGCAGACAGACAGGAGUCUGCAGAAGAAGAAACUGCAGACAGACUGAGGAGUCUGCAGAAGAAGAAACUGCAGACAAACAGGAGUCUGCAGAAGAAGAAACUGCAGACAAACAGGAGUCUGCAGAAGAAGAAACUGCAGACAGACAGGAGUCUGCAGAAGAAGAAACUGCAGACAAACAGGAGUCUGCAGAAGAAGAAACUGCAGACAGACAGGAGUCUGCAGAAGAAGAAACUGCAGACAAACAGGAGUCUGCAGAAGAAGAAACUGCAGACAGACAGGAGUCUGCAGAAGAAGAAACUGCAGACAGACAGGAGUCUGCAGAAGAAGAAACUGCAGACAGACAGAGGAGUCUGCAGAAGAAGAAACUGCAGACAAACAGAGGAGUCUGCAGAAGAAGAAACUGCAGACAGACAGGAGUCUGCAGAAGAAGAAACUGCAGACAGACAGAGGAGUCUGCAGAAGAAGAAACUGCAGACAGACAGGAGUCUGCAGAAGAAGAAACUGCAGACAGACUGA